AUGACCACGUCUUCUUCAAAGAGUCUUCCUCGUCGGAGCUUGCGAGGCAAAAACACACCCACACUUUCGGAAGCACCUGGGACAGCCCCUCUUCAACCAGCGCCGGAGGUGCAUUCUUCAACGUCACAGCCACAUCUCCCACCGCCAGCUAGCUCAGCUCCCAGUGGUUUGAGUACGAGAACCAACUCCCAAAAGCGCAGGAAGCGCUCGCCUUCACCUACCAAUUCAGCGGACGGACGCAAUACACCUGAACUGCAACAAGAUUCACCCAGUCGUCUUGGUGAUUUAGGUUUUCCGGUUGGACCCAAGACGUCUCGAAACAGAUUGGUCGACCUCCUCGAUAAGUACGUGAAGACUAAGAGGCCAAGGCUCACCCGUGAAGACAAAGCCUCAAGGAUUCGCUCAGCUCGCGAAGUCAGGCCCAAGCCUACAGCACAUGACCCAGAAACGCACGUCAAUGAAGCUUCUCCCGACGGAACACAGGAUGUUCAAGCAGGAGCUGAGCAUACUGAUCCAGUUGCCCCAGAUGAUUACGAUUUCAACCAACUCGACCUUCCCGAUUUGAUUCGAAUUGUCGAGGGAAUUGGCUUAGAUGGCAAGACACUUCCCAAAGAUAAACUGGUUGCUCUGUGUAAUCAGAAUCGUGAUCUAAUUCGCAUACCUCGCCACAUGUUCCGAUUUGCGCUGCCAAAACCUCAAGCUGGCCCUUCGCUCAUACUCACUGCUGGACCAGUGUCUCACCACAAACAUCAAGAUGACGGCCAACCAUCCCUUAUACACAGCUCAACACAUACCACUCAAGGCUCUACAUCAACCGGACAAGGUCAAAUUUUCUCUGCAGCUGGUACAACACUUCCCAAGGAAACAAUGAAAGCUAAGGAAAGAGCGGCCGACAACUCGGUUUGUCAAUCCGAGUCAUCAAUCAGCAAACAAAGAACACCUUACGAGCCUUCAGAGCGCAACCCAACAGAAGAGCCAGCAGAAUCUUCAGAGAAACGAUUCACCGAGAAGGAUGUGCUCCAGGACACACUUCCUAGUCUGGAACAGCAACCAUCCCUUACGCAAAGCUCAACACGUACUACUCACGGUUCUGCACCAACAGGCCCAGUACAAAUUUCGACUUUAGCUGGUCCAACACUUCCCAAGAACCCAAAGAAAGCUAAGGUCAGAGUAGCCAAAAAGUUGGUUCGUCAAUCCGAGUCAUCAAUCAGAAAACAAAGAAGCAAGGGUAAAGGAAGAGCAACAUCUUUCUCACCUUGCGAGUCUUCAGAGCGCAGCCCAACAGAAGAGCCACCCGAAUCUUCACAGAAACAAUCCACCGAGAAGGAUGUGCUCCAAGACGCAUUUCCUAGUCUCGAACAUCGACGCUUCCUCUACCCUCGCCCUAACCCAACCUCUAAACUACUUCCGACGAGUGAUCCUGAGCCAGCAGACCUUUCAGACGACGAUUGGCUUCCACCAGACGACGACAAAUCGUCAAGUGAGGCCAGUGAUGGAUUACCAGAUUCAAUCUCUGAUAAGCACAGCCCUUUCCGCGAGUCCACUUCAAAAAAGCCAGCAUUCUCUCGCACAUCUCCACCGCCUUCCAUGAAACCCCAGCCACAACCUGCCUCGGCGAGUCCAGCCCCUGAGGUUAAUGAAUUUGUUGAUCACGGUCAGGGUCCUUUGGAGGAGGACAAAGACGAGCCCCAGUGGCGUUUCAAAUACUGUGAGUCGUUUGGCAACUUUUUAGAUCAACUUAAACACUCACUGGCAGAAACUAAUCGUAAACUUGAGCUCGUGACCAAGGAUUUGGCCAUCUUAUCGCAGAUCGUGAGUCGAUUUGCAGAUGUCAAACCAACCCCCUCGCCUGAGACGAAAGUGCGCGGCGGAAGAUCUGCAUCUUGGAUGCGGCUCCAUAUUGACACUCUCUUAGGUCAUACCGAAGAUUCAGCCAGGCUUCCGGCUCCGGCGACUGGUGAAGAUCAAAAGGCUUGGAAGAUUGAUGUUGACCUUGACGAUUUUGAACCUUGUCAACGUUCCCCUGCAGAAUCCCCACCAACUUUUGACGAGUCUCUUCUGGGAAGUGACGGGCCACGACAUCCCAAAGCAACAGCACAGCAGCUGAUAGUCAUGCGGACCAUGAUGCAAUUUGUGGGAGUAUCUAGCUUUCGUCCCGACUUCUCCAAAUCACCAUCCUCUGCCGAGAAUAAAUGGUUGUGGGACCUCGCGUUUAGCAUAUUCAUCAAGCUAGUUGAGUGCGGUGAAUAUCCUGGUGUGUCACUUGAUGCAGCAAACCAACAACAGCUCAAAAAGCUCUUGAAUACACGAGUCCGGUCUCUUAUGAAACAGUAUCAGCAAGAAAGCUGGGACGAGAGGCGAAAGAAGCAAACUGCCAGCGCAGGGCGAAGACGUGCCCGACUGUGUUAUGUGAGCUCAUUCCUCUUCAAUUCGCUUCCCAUCAUCCAUCAGACUGAUGCAAGUCUUAAACAGACAAAGAAGCUACGCGAACGUAUAGUACUCUCACAAAAGCCUCUGUGGCCCCUUUCAGCCGUCAUCCAAGCGGCUUGCAGCGAUGACGAGACGGAUCACGAGGGUUGUCUAGACCUCGACUCUGACCAAACACAAACUGCGGUUCACAUUCGAAAGCUGAUUUGGCGCAGCUCUGAGUUGACAGAUACUAUUAUUUUUUUAGAAGAAUAUAAAGCACGGGUUGAUGCUAGUAUUCCUAAGCCUCCAAAACAGGAAAAUAGACGUAGUUCAUCAAGUAACGGACGCCCUCCACGCCCUCGACUCCGGUGCCCAAAUGCUUCGAUUUCUGAUCAUCCUGCUCCUUCUGGUCUCCCCAUAGACUGCUACUCACAACAAUACCUUGAAACAUUAACGCCUUUUGAAAGGUCGGCACUUGGUAUUGAACGCAAACCGCUUCUCUCAACUCUGAUCCCUAUCAUAAAAUCACUGUGA